AUGUCCAAAAUUGUAUUGUGUCACACGUGCUCACAUUCGACAGAGGCCGAGCCAGAUCCCGAGCAAGUGAGCUGGUUAGAGGAAUUCUUGCCGGUCAACUACAAACAUCAUAUUUGUAGUGUAAAGGAAGGAGUGGAUGGAGUAAACAUCACAUUGAGGUUGGCUGUUUCGACCGAAGAAGGUGCUAAAAAAUGGCUGGAAUCCAUGCAGAAGUCGUCUUUGGCAACUUUUCGAGUGGAAAGAACUCAUCCUUCUUCUGGUGAAAAGGUGUUGUAUAAGACUGAAUUUCGCUGCCAACAUAAUACCAAACCAAGAACAGCAACAGCUAAUCAACGCAGGGGGUCAAAGAACACAUCUUGCCCAGCAGGCCUGAGUAUUAUUGUGAAAGUCAGCACCUUUGAAAGGUCGGAUGGGAGAGUAAGGAAGAGCAGGUCAUCUGAUCCUCAUUUGCCUGAUCAUCCGAUGGUUGUGAAAUUCAAGUCCACACAUAACCACUUACUGAGGUCUGCAGAUGCUUUGAAGCAUAGGGAUGUGAGUGAAGACGUCAAGGAAAAGUUCCUGGAUUUGUUUAGUAAGGGCUACACUCCUUCAAAGGCACUGGCACUGCACAAAUACGAUCUUCAACUCCAGCACAAUGACAACUACGUUUUCGUCAGUGCUGAUAGAGCCAUCACACCUGAUUUGCAUUAUACUUACAGGUUAUACUACCAGACAUUCAAAAAGGAGUAUGGUGAAGCCAAGGGAGAAUUCGUCCUGAAAGAGUUGGAAAGGAGAAUCAAGGAUGGUUCGCUCGGGGAUGGUGUAAAAUUAUCAAAAUCAAGUGCUGAGGAGAAUGGAAGUGACCCAAAACUCAAUGAGCUACACAAGGCAUUUCUUGCUUUACAGCAAAGCUACAUAGGAGACAAAGAAUUCCUUGGAGGACCAGUACAGAAAUUCACCAAGAAACUUCUGGAACUAAAUUCUGGAACGAAUACUGCGCUAGCUUCCGCGCUUCACUGCUUUGGCCGUUACUCUGGGGUGGCAGGUGCUCUGGGCAAGAAAAGAAAAUCUCUUGUCAGUAUGAAGAAGAUAGGUGUCCAGCCAAUGGCAUUGGCAAGGAGAAAGAUGGUUGCCGGUGGCAGGCACCGCAUUGGCGCUGGAAGACCAUCUAAGGAUUGUUUCACUAGGCGGAAAGAAACUGUGCCAUUUAGUUCCCAGCAUAUGCCUACAUGUAGACACUCUGAAGAAGAUCAAGAAAGCCCUAGCAAAACUGUCCAGAGUGAGAAUCCAGAUGACGACAUUGCUGAUGACGACAAUGCUAAAUGUGAUGAGGAUAUUACUGAUAGUACUGAAUGUGAGAAUGAACAGAAGACUUGUGGUGAUUUAGGAGAAAAUAAAGAGAGCGGAACCUUGGAGAAAGCACAAGACGUCAUGGUGGUCAGUGGUCUCAUGAUCAUAGAAGUGGCCAUAACAAGGAUGAAAGGCACCACAGAGAUGAUGGCAAUUACAGAGAAAAUCACCAUCACUCAAGACACACCUACCCUCAACGAGAGGAGAGGCAAGAUUACCACAGACACUCUCAAAGGGGUUAUGGGAAUCAUAGACGAAGAGAGCACGGUUUUCGAAGGAGAAGGGAUGAUGACGAUUGGGGGCGAGGUGUGA